GUAAAAUCUGAAAUUAAGGAAGAAAAGAAUGAAGCUUUAAAGACUCAGAAUGAAUCUAGAAUGAAAGAUUCCGAUGACGAUACUGAAAACGAGUCUGAAGAUGAGGAUAGACAAGACAAAGUAUCAAAAAAGAAGCUAAAAAAAAUGAAUAGAUUAAGUGUCGCUCAGUUAAAACAAUUGGUUAAGAGACCAGAAGUUGUUGAG